AUGGAAUCAUCAAAACAAUACAAACAAGAUUGCAAACGACAGUCGUCCUCUGUCAUGUCGUCAGCGACCACCUCGUCAUUCAGAAAUACUUCUAAGGUUUCCAUGAUUGCCUUGCUUGUGCUCAGUUUGACCGCCACAGUUUCGCAUGCCUUUGUGGAAUCACCAACAACAACAACAAGUCGAAUCUCUUCUCUUCAUCAUCAGCAUCAUAAAGCCAUUAGCACUCCGCGUUCGGCUCCCCUGUUGCCAGCAUCUUCGUUGAUUCAUCAGAAGACGAAUCACCGAAGCAAGUCGUCGUCGUCGUCGUCGCUAAUGAUGAUGCGAAAAGAACAAAGGAGCACUGCACUAAACGCCAUCAAGCAAUUCUGGAAGACUGAUCCCAAAGGCAUGGCCGACGAUUACGAAGAUACUCGUGCUCGAUUUCUGGCUGGAAUUCUAGCCACCAUUUUUACCUGGCACGGAAUUUCGGUCAAUGGACUCAACCCCGUCAUGGCGUCGUCUGCCGCCACCUUGGCCAUCUCCUUGUGGUCACCAGGUCUUGGACAAGCCGCCUUUUGCGGUUCCUUUGCCGGCAUGAAUGCCAAUGGAGACUGGGGCAUGAUUUUGACCGCUGCCUCCUUGACUGCCACCCUCUUUGAAAUCUUGAUUCAUCGAGGCGGCAAAUGGGUCGGUCUCGGCGGAAAAUUGAGUUUCCAAGCAUUUAUGGCCAGUAACUUGACGGCUCUAUUGUUUGGAAAAGCCACCUUUGGCUGGAUCUCUCGUCUGCCAACCUCACUUCCUGCCUUGAUUGCCAUUGUCAAGGCAUCUCCCUGUGGUUAUGGCAUGCUCUGUGGUGCCUUGGGCAGUGUCUUGACCAUUUUCUUGCGAGAAGUGGCCGAAUACAAUCCCAACCGCGUCAAUGACCUACAAGAUCCCGUCCGAGCCUCCGCCGUCAUUGGAAUCUUGGCCGCCUUGGUCAUGGGCAUGGGAGGAUUUUUGGACGAAUAUGGUGCCAUGAUCAUGUUUGGUGGCGCCUUUACCGGAAUGUCCUACCCCACCCGAUUAUUAAAGGGCAAGGGUGGUGGCACCGAUUGGAAACGUGCGGAUCCCACUGCCUUGCAAACACUCUUUUGGUUUGGUGUGGCCGGAGCCUUUGGUGGACUCAUUCACGCUCUCACGCUCACCAUGAAGUUGUGGACCGGUGGAUGGGGUGGCAAGGCUGGAACCUGUGCCUUUUGCGGAGCUUUGGUGUUUCGUGUCUGCGAACGCAUCCAUUACAAGGUCCGUCAAAAGAUUGGAUGGGUGGACCAACCCAUUAAUGGUUCGGCACCUUCGGAAACAUCUCCCAAUGGAGAAUCUCCUUCUACUACCAAUGGAAGUUCGGCGCCUGCUGCGGAAGUCAGCAACUAA